GAUUACAACAAUGAAGGCCGCAAUUGAAGAAAAAACAGCUAUGUCAAGGUUUUUGUUUUUUAUAUCAAGGUUCAAGGUUUGAGUUGCAUGAUAUGAAGUUAGAUGUUUAUAUGUUCGCAUAUUUCCUGUCAGAUACUAAAUGACAUCGCAAACGAAGCGAUAAAAUUUUCUAACAGCGGCAGAAUGGCAGACCUCAAGCAACAGCUUCAAGUCAAAUGAUGUAGAACACAAUUACUCAUUAUUUUGUGAUGAGAUGAACUGGUAAAAACGUGUUCUGCAUAAUCUAAUAACAUAAAGUGACAGGUCAAAAAACUUCAAUAUUUGUUAUAAUGUAUUUGAAUCGUCAGAAGGAAGCAAUCCAGACUUGACACCGAUCAUUUUCUUGCAUGGAAUGUUGUGUUCUAAGGAAAUGUGGGACAACAUACCUCAGGCUAUAGCUGAUGAAACAAAGAGAAAAAUCUAUGCCUGUGAUGCUAGAAAUCAUGGAGAAAACGUUCAUACAGAUGUAUUCAAUUUCGAUCUUACAGUCGAAGAUUUACUCAAUUUUAUGGAUCGGAAGGACAUUCCGAAAGCAAUUUUAGUGGGUCACAGUAUGGGUGGAAUGACAUCUAUUAUUGCUUCUAUUAAAAAGCCAGAAAGAGUAGAGAUGAUAUUUUCCGUUGAUGUAUUUAUUAAGAAAAUCCCGAAAGAGAUGACAGAAAAACUCACUCAAUUUACAACUUUGUUCGCCAACACUGUGCGAAAUAUUCCAAAAGAGACUCCAGAAUCUGAAGUUGUCAAGACCGUUGUUACGCGAUUGUAUGAAAAUUUCCCCGAAGACUCUGAUUUUCAAAAGGAGAAAGAAUCUAUGAUGAAAUCAAAAUAUAUUUUUAAAAGGAAACCUGAUGGAGGGUAUGAUGUAUCUUUUAACGAGGAUGCAAUUUUGAAAUUUGCAAAAGAUGCAGACCAGUAUGAGUGUGUACCAGAUGGUCAAUUUAAGGGUCCUGCUUAUUUCCUUUACGGCACUAAAUCUGAUGUUCAAGUAUCUAAAGAAGAAACCAAUAUAAAGAUGCACUUUCCUGUAGCAAAGUUAAUAGCAUUUGAAGGAGCUACACACAGUUUGCACAUAGAUUUUCCUGAUAAAUUUAUCAAAACACUUUUAGAUUAUUUGUAAUGAAGAGACCUGAAGUUUUGAACAUUUAUGUAACAUAAUCAUUUCUACCAAUCUCAAAGCCAUGUCAUGA